CCGGAUCGUGAAAGAAGAAGACAUUACUUGACGGUGCUACAGCUGGAAAGCAUGGCUGGAUGGGGUCAAGUAAACUGGCUGUCGCGGGUGCUUACUCGCGUUUGCUGUAGCAGAAAUUUAAGUAAACUCAAAGUUGGUCCUGUGUCGUCUCAUGCCACAGUGUCACAUCAAAUACCAGCUUCUGAUCAAAACUGUAAUGUGGACCUUGGCGUGACACAUGAUGGCAAAACCAUAGUGUGUUUCCACCAUGCUGCAGGCAUUGCCUUCGAGUUGACCAAGACCCUUUCCAGACCAGAUACCAUUAGCGAUCCUGUAGAAACCCAUGAUCUGGUGUUGAAGUCUAAACUCACUGGUGAAAUUUUAAAAGAUAAACAGAACUCAAUAAUAGAGGAGCUUUCAAAGAUGUUCUACACCACAAAGCACCGCUGGUACCCCACCGGACAAUAUCAUAGAAGACGCAGGAACAGAAACCCACCCAAAGACAGAUAGUUGUAUAUAUUCUCUGAGACACAGUAAUUGUUCUUAAUAUACAGUUUCUGGUGUUUGUUUUGUGGUAAAAUCUGAAAUAAUGUAACUGGAACAGUGGUGGAAUGGCUUUUUUUUUCCUUCAGUGAACUGUUAUUUAUUUUUUGGGGGGGGCAAAAUUUUAAGUCCAACAUGCACAAUUAAAGAAGUGUGCUUUUUCCCUCUCAAAUCCGUUUUUGUUCUUAAUCAGAAGCUUGCAAGUAAAUCUUUGAGUGACAGGGGUCAGAGAACAGCCACAUAGCCUAUGCACAUGCCAAGCAUAUCAGUUUUACAGGGCCCCUUGCCAGCCGAAAGACACACAACUCAUGUACACACCAAGCACACACCUUAUUACUCCCAUACUGUUGGCAAAACCAGAUUUUUCGGUGUGUUACAAUGCCCCGCAAUUCCUUUGUCCACUCAGCUUUAGUACAGACAGUUUAGAGCAUAUGAGCCCGAUGCCACUUAUGAGGCCAGGACAGUGCCUAGAUGUUCAGGAACCAGCCUGUUUUGCACACCAACAUGCAGCCCAUUCAGUCAGUCCCACGCUGAUAACUCUAGGGGCAUCAAAGCAUUCAGUAGCAUCAACCCCAAUAUGGAUACAGCCCUCCCCACCUGAGGAGUGACAGUAGGCCUAUCGGAAAGCGUAAAGCGUGGAAAUGCUUGUGUACUCCCUACCCUUGGAUUCUAAAUACUUUCAAAAAGGCUAAGCCCUGCAGUUCAACAGCAGCCCUCCAGGGUUUGCUGGUGUCGCACAAACAUACAUACCAGCUCAAGAGGGGCCUUAUCUAUAGCAGGAGAUAUGCUCCCUUUUAGAAAAAGGUGCUUCUGCAUUCUUCUUAGUGCUACUCUUGCAUUUCCGUUUUUUCGAGGGUAACACUCACUUCAGCUCCACAGAAGCAAUAUCAAAAAGUUAUUGUUGUGUACCAUAGCAACUCAUCUGCAACAUCCAUAUUUAGGUUUCCAUGCACCGUCACAACAAAUAGUGAGAAUAAGAAGUGGAUGGAAGUGUUGAUUGGAACUUUAAACAGAGCUAAAGUGCUGUAUUGGUGGUGUAGCCCUGUUUACUGGUGUUGCAGCUGCUCACGUGAAGCAAUCUGUGUCUUUGUUUAACAUGCCAGCAAUUUUCAAAAUAUCUGUUCUAUAAAAUGAAAGCAGAACUUG